AUGAAGUCUUUGGUUCUAUUCGGUGUACUGUUAUGUACCAUUAUUACCGGUGAAGCGGCUAGCCGGGCCUACGAGAAUUUGCUCGGCGGGAACUCGAUUAUGCGCAAAUGUGGUAUGACGGGAGAUAUGUGUGUCUCCGAUGUCAACUGCUGUCCAGAAUAUACAUGCUCUGAUCAACUGAUAUGUCAACUAAGUGAUACAGAAACAGUGGGAGGUGGCAAACGUGGUGCGCAUUGCACAACUGAUGUGGACUGCCAGCCCGGUCUGUGUUGUCACGGCUCAUUGUACGAGCGCACGUGUACAGCCAAUUGUCCGAAAGUCCCGGAUACCGAAGUGAUCCCAGCCGGGACAUACUAUGGCCGACAGUUUUGGAAUCUGUGGACCAGAAAACGACGAAUGGAUCAUCGAAAUUGGAUCUGA